AUGUCCCGCACAAAGAAGAGCAAGCCGGGAUCAGGCUCGGCAACGUCGCCCAAAACGACACCGGCGCCCAAGAAGAAGGUCAAACCGCCACGCCCGCCUAAAUCGGCGUCAGCCGCGACCUCGGUCAACACCAGUAGCGGCCUCACUACCCCUACCUCGGCCAGCUCCACAGGCAAGAAGAAGGCGAAAUGGACCAACAAGCAGAAGGCUGAGCGGAAGAGAAGGGAGGCGGAAGAGAGAGCAAUGAAUGAGCCAUCCGGGAGUGGGAGCGGGAACGGCGUCAUUGAUUUGACGGAGAUGGAGGAUGAGGAGGAGCGGCUGAAUGAGGGAGGAAGUGCGCUCGGACCGCCACCACCACCGUCAGCCAAGCGCGCUCGGACUGCUGCGGUGGCUACCCCGGCGAAGAGGGCGGACGAUAAUGUCUAUACUCCAUCGAGCUUCAAACCGAUGAGGCGGUCUAUGGCGUAUGGGCACGCCGAGGCCAGCCCGUCGCCACCUCCCCCGGACAGCGUGAAUGACCGACCCAACGCGGACAUUAUCGUCGAGGAGAAGUCAUUGCAGCCAUCCUCGGCCGGUGAGAGUUCCAAGCCUGGUGCGGACGAUCACUUCAACCCUCCAGGCCUCUUCUCGAGCUCGAUGAUCCCUACCUCCGCCGAUCUACCCGGCCCGUCGAAGCUUCGCUCGUCAGUGGUCGCCAAAUCUGCCACCGGUGCAGAGACGGAGGCAGAAGUCGGUCUGCUCCUCCCGUCGCAUGUCCAAAUCGACGAGGUCUUGCCGCAAGGCGCGGAAGCAGCUGCAGAGGAGGAAGAGCUGCAGCAUGAGGCGUCAAAGCAGUCGAUGGAGGGACUGUUUGUCUUUGACUCCAAUGUCGCUAAGGGCACAACGCGCUACUUUGACCCAGACGCGGUCGAAGAGCCAGUAGGAGAAGAAGCCACCUUCCUCGCUACCGCCGACCAAAGCAAAAUCUGCACCAACUGCAAGAAACCAGGUCAUAAGCCCCGGGACUGCCCUCACAUCAUUUGCACGACCUGCGGCGAGAUGGACACGCACGAACGCCGAGACUGCCCAUACGGCGUCACCUGCUUCUCGUGCGGUCUUCGGGGACACAGAAUUGCGGACUGUCCGACACCUCAGUCCAAGGGAUCCAGGAGGCAGGGAUGCGGGCGAUGCGGAAACAGGGAUCACAAGGAUAAUUCCUGUCCAUCUCUCUGGCGAGUAUACGUCUACCUUAGCGCUGCCGCCCGGCAGUCUAUCCUAGCGGAGAAACGGGCGGAGACGGGCUGGGCAAAAGAAGCAGUCGGUGGGGAGAGUCACGCAGAGUACUGCUACAAUUGCGCCAGAGUCGGCCAUCUCGGAGACGACUGUCAAUCCCGCCGCGGCUCCCUCGCUCGCCUGACGACUCCCUCGGCCUUCUCUGCGCAGAUAUCCUCCUCCGGGCCAUUUGCCUCCUUCACUUCCCGCAGCUCGAGGCACACGGACGCGCCAACCCAUCAGCGCUUCGACGACGACUAUGGGGACGCAGAUCUACCUGGUGUGAAGCCGGCCUUCGGUGGGCUCGGCGCGGGCAAGAAGUCAAGGGAGAAGGCGAAACAGCGAGCUGCGGACUUUGAUCGGGAGUUGGGGUCCAGCGACGAAGAGGAUGCUUUUGCGAGUCUCGGUCGAUCUCGGGCGGGAUCAUCCGGCCGUGGAGGAGCAGGUGGGCGCGGGUUCAGCAGAGGAGGAGGCGGAGGAGGAGGGAGGGGAACACCCAUCUCGAAUCCCGGUCGACGCGCUUGGGACUCGGAGCAUCGUCCUAGCGAUAGAGCCGGUCCUUCCCGCGGUGGUGGCGGACCCGAUAGCGCUAGCCGGCCCACCUCAUUCAGCCACUCUCACCUCAUGUCCGGUCACGCGGCACCGGCGUCCAUGCCUACCAAAGCGAAAGGGAUAGUCUUUGGCAAUAUCGCUGGAUUACCCGCUCGGCCCGAAUCCCCCUCGCCUUAUCCGCACAAUACGUCGAACCCCAACUUCGAGACCGGCUUGGGCUCUCGCUCUGGAAGCGGUAGCGGUGGAGGAGAAUGGAAGAAUCGAGCUUCGAAAGCCCUUACCGACCGGGCUAUGGGGUACGCCUCUGCGCCUGGCUCGCGUACGUCUCCAGCGCCGGGCGGGACCUUCGCCCCGAGCCCACUGGGCGGGAGUCAUGGCGGCAGUCAGGAUGGGGAUGCAGCGUCACCACGGAAGAAGCGGAGGAGGCAGGAGAAUGUGGGCGAGGGCCGAGGGAGAGAGAAAGAGACGGACUGGGAGGCGGAUUGGAGAGGGAGUGGGAAUGGGGGUGGGAAUGUGCGGGAUUGGGGAAGGGAGGAUGAUGCGUUUGAUAGGAGGGAGAGAAAGGAGGCGGGGAGGGAUGGGAGGGAGUAUAAGGGGGAUGGGGGGAGUAGGUAUGGGAUUGCGGGUGGACGAGGGGGGCGGGGAGGAGGGGCUGGGGGUGGGAGUGGGAGUAAGGGCAGAGGAGGCGGCGGGGGAGGCGGUGGGCGAGGCGGCGGUGGUGGUGAUAGUAGAGGGAGAGGGGGUGGAGGAGGGGGAGGAGGUGGGGGCGGCUCCGGUCGAGGUGGCUCGGGCGGUGGUCAGCGGGGAGGCAAGCAGGGUCCGGUAACGCCCGUGGGGCAGCGGUAUACCGGCGGAUAUUGA